GGCUGUCCGGUGCACAGACCGGUCAGGACCGGACGGCGGGCGCCAUGGCAACGGGAGAACGGACCAGCGCAUUCAGCACCGUGGGGAGGGGAGCAGAGGGAGGGAUGCUACUGCAGGCGGAGAAGGAACGAGCCAUGGCAAAAUCUCCUGAACUACAUCCACAGUCCCUGUCCACAAUAGACUCCCUCCAGGUACAACACCUGAAGGAACAACUCAAACAGGCCAAUGAGCUGACGGACCUACAAAAGCAUCACUUCCGGGAGGCGAUCACGGAACUGCAGGACAAACUACAGGAGGCACUGCUGCAACGGGAGAGGCUGCUGGAACAGAGAGAAAACGAGUCGCGGGAACGUGAUCAAAUUGUGAGCCAGCUUCAGUCUACACUCAAGGAACUGGAGUCUAACAACAAGCAGCAGGAAAAGGCCAUGCUGGAAACCAACGCCCGUGUGGAUGACCUGCAGAAGAACCUGAAGACAGCGGACGUGGCGCUGGUUCAGAUCCGGACCUUCCUGGCGCAGGAGGAGGACGGGCAGGGCCGGCCGUUCCUGGACGGGGGGAACGUCAGGGAGACGGGAGCGGCACUACUGCCUCAGGUCCUUCAGAAAUGUCUACAGGAAAGGGACGUGCACAUACAGACUCUUACAGCUAAAGUCACCAGGCUGGAGCAGGAAGUUCGUGAGUCGCAGCAGAAGCUGCAGGAGGAACAGCAUCGGCUGUCCCGGGACAGCCAGGACAGGCUGCAGCAGGUCGUACAGGAGUAUAAACAGCAGCUGGACAGCGCCACGGAGAGGGCCAACAACUCUCGCAAGCAGGCCACCACCCUGCAGACACAGCUUACACUGUUACAAGAACAGAGUCAAAGUCAGGUGGAAUUAAAGGACGGCCAUAUUGCUGACCUUGAGGCCAAGUAUUCCACCCUGAAGGAUGAACACAGGGACAUGAAGCAAGGGUAUGAGAAGAAGGUGCGUGAGCUGGAGCGAGCCUUAGAGACGCUCCACUCGGAACUGUCCAACCUGCAGCUGGAGAAGGAGCACUACCAGGAGUCCCUGGAGGAGUGUGAACAGGAGAUGGCUCAGUUAAAGCAAACCCUGGUGCGUGGUGAUGAGGACCUGAAGAUUGAGCGGGAGCAGACCAAGCGGCUGUGGUCGCGUGACGAGGAGCAGAGCCGCCGCGUGCACACGCUGGAGGCCGAGCUGGAGGCCGCGUCUCUGGAGGUCCGGCGGCUCAAGGAGCUGGUCCAGACGGUCAAGCAGGAGUGUAAGAACCAGAUGGACAAACAGGUGUUAGAAGUGAAGGAACAGGAGCAGCAGCGGCUCCAGGAGCAGAUCAACAUGCUGUCCGCCCAGCUGGAGACCGAGCGCAACCAGAGCCAGAAGCUCGGCCGCGAGUUCGAGUGGAAGACUGACGACAUCAAGGCCCUCCGGCAGAGAGUGGAGGAACUGCAGCACGCUCUGGAUGAUGCCCAGAAACAGCUGGGCUCAGUGGCAGGAGAGAAGAGCGAGCUGUCAGCCGUGGCAGAAGAGCGGCUUCAGGACGUGGAGCGAGCGCGACAGGAGCGGGCACACUACAUCCAGAUGUUAGAGAAGAGGAAUGAGGAGUUCUCUUCGCUACAGAGCAGCCAUGAUAGGCUACGGGUUCAGCUGGAUGAGCGAGAGAAAAGCCUGUUGACCCUGCAGCAGCAGAGUGAGAACGUGUCCCACAUGCUGCACCAGGGCGGACAGGAGGCAGCCACACUGAGGCUGGAGCUGGACCGUGUCAGCAAGGCACUCAGCGACAAGAUGGUGGAGACGGAGGAGCUCAGGAUGGGCUAUGAGACCCUGAGCCAGCGGCUGCAGCUGCGUGAGAAGUUCCUGCAGAAGGUGGAGGAGGAGAAGAAACACCUGAGUCAGCAGGUCAGCGACAGGGUGAGGGAGGUCACCGAGGUCAUGAGGGAGAAGGACAGGGCGAGUCAGGAGCUCAAGGACAGCAGGUUUCAGGUUGCGUACCUGACAGACGAGCGGGACAGUCUGAAGGCCCUGUUGGAGGGGAGGGAGGGGGAGACGGAGAGACAGAUCAGACGCCUGUCCAGUAAGCUGAAGGCCUCCCUACAGGAGCUGGAACAGACCAGGAAAGCUCUGCAGGCCAAGGAGAGUGUAGACAACAAAGCCUACCAUGUAGCAGAGACCAUCCAGCAGGAGGUGACAGACCGCAGGAGCGAAAUUGACUCCCUGAAGAGCCGACUACACUGGCUGGAGGAGUGCCUGGACACAGCCAAUAAGGAGAAGACGACCCUGCAGACGUCCAGCGAUGGCCUGCACCUGAAGCUGGAGAAGAGUGACGGACAGAUCAGCCGCCUGCAGGAGGAGCUCCUGACGGUGUCGGACAGGGAACAGGAGGCACGACACAGGGUCACCAAGCUGGAGAAUGCUCUGGAGAAGGCUGCUGUGAAACAUGCGAGCCAGCAGGCUCUGAUUGAGCAGCAGGAACAGGAGCUGGCCCGCAUGAAGCUGCGACACAGCCUGGAGCUCAGGGAGCUGCAGCGCAGGGCUGCAGGUGUCACAGGUGCUGCAGCAGCUGACGCAGCACCUGAUGCAGCUGUGGCAGGUGUGGCAAGCCUCGGUUCUGCAGGGGUAUCUACUCAGGGAGUUUUGCACCAGACCAUUGCACCAAGGUCACCCCCUGUCUCCCAAAAGCCUUCAGAUAGCUAUCUCCAGAGCCUUGCUGCUAAUGCUGAUGCGGGACAGGAACUGCGCCGGUUGCUGACGGACAUGCGCCAGCUGAUCGUGGACAGUCGGCCGUCUGACAAGCACAGCCGGUCCUCAGACAGACACAGUCGGUCAUCAGACAGACACAACCGGUCAGCGGACAAGCACGGUCAUCACAGAAACAGCGACAAGAAACACCACAAGCAUCGCACAUCAGGGAAAAAGAGGUCCCCUCCUAGCAGUGAAACUGUGUCGGACACGGAGGAGACUGAGACAGACAGACAAAGCAGAGCUCUCAACUCCACCACAUCAGAGGACACUGUCAGAUAUGCAGGUUUGGACAAGCCCAUGUCCUCAUCCUCCCCUAAGAAGAGCACAAAAUCAGAGGGGCGAACGGCUAAAUCUUAUCGAGGCCAAAGGCCAUUUGACCGCUCCCCCUCCCCCAUCGAGUCUCUUCUGUCAUCUCAUCCCAUAACCAGGGGCAACCAGAGUGCAAUCACGCUGACCACAGAUGACCUUUCAACUGUACCAAGCACUGUUCAAAAACCCUCUCGCAGAGGUACAGAGUUGUCGCGGGAGACAGUGGAGCUGUGCAGACGACUUGAAGACAAGCUGCAGCACCUGUCGCAGGUGGGAGAUCACCUGAAGAUGGAGAAUCAAGAAAUGGCAGCUUUGAUCAAGAGUCACGACCGCCAACUCAAGCGUGUGCGCCAAACUGAGAAAACAGUGCAAAAGGCCUGGAAAUGACGAACCAGCAGCCUGUUUGCAAGACAGAAUAAUUUAUGAAGAGUUUUUAAUGUGGGUGUCCCGUAAGAGACCAGUGCUGUUUUUCAUCACACAACUACCAAAACUGCACAGUAUGUUUAAAACUGCAAUAUGUGUACAAGACCACUAGAUGGACAGGGUGGACUUUUUCAAACGCAGAGUUGUCAAGUUGUACAUAUUCUUUACUGUGUUUAAAAAGAAAUAUGAUUAUAUAGAUACAAACAGAGCAUUCUACAUAUAACUCACGGGCAGCUAUGUUCUGAUUUCUGUAAAAAGUCCCAAAUAUAUACUCCAACGUAGAUAUUAUUUCUCAAUGUUUCUCACAGAUGAUGUUGGACUGUAGAACUCUUAUGACUGUAUGUACUUAAGUAUGCAGAAAACAGUGACCAAAACUUUUGUAUUUUAGUGUGAUACUGUUCCAUGUGUAGUAAGUUAUUUAGGGAGGUAAAGUUAUGAGUGGUGCCUUUUGUAUCCAAUACAUUUGCUGUUGAAAAUAAGAUUUAUCGGAAAAAUGUUCACUAGAGUCUCUAUGAAUAAAGUUGUCCACAAGAAUGGAAAUAUGAAUUCCAAUUAUAAGAGAUUUUUCACCGA